GCACCGCACACCCUUUUCUCGCCGGCCCCGCGCGGCUCUCCGGAGACCCCGCGGGCUAGCGCCGCGACCCCUUCCCGGCGCUCCCCGCGCGGUGCGUGGCGCGUUCCCUCGCCGGUGACCCGGUGUGCGUGAGGUCGAGGCGCCGGGCGGAGCGGCUCCGGGCCGAAACGCCAUGCGGAGGGGCGAGCGCAGGGACGCCGGGGGUCCGCGGCCCGGGUCCCCGGUGCCCGCGGGCAAGGCCUCGCUGGAGGAGCCGCCUGACGGGCCGUCGGCCGGCCGAGACACCGGGCCGGGCGCGGGCCGCCGCAGCACCGAGUCCGAGGUGUACGACGACGGCACCAACACCUUCUUCUGGCGAGCCCACACCUUGACCGUGCUCUUCAUCCUCACCUGUGCACUUGGCUAUGUGACGCUGCUGGAAGAAACACCUCAGGACACAGCCUACAACACCAAGAGAGGUAUUGUGGCCAGUAUUUUGGUUUUCUUAUGUUUUGGAGUCACACAAGCUAAAGACGGGCCAUUUUCCAGACCUCAUCCAGCUUACUGGAGGUUUUGGCUCUGCGUGAGUGUGGUCUACGAGCUGUUUCUCAUCUUCAUCCUCUUCCAGACCGUCCAGGACGGCCGGCAGUUUCUGAAGUAUGUCGACCCCAAGCUGGGAGUCCCGCUGCCAGAGAGAGACUACGGGGGAAACUGCCUCAUCUACGACCCCGACAACGAGACUGACCCCUUCCACAACGUCUGGGACAAGCUUGAUGGCUUUGUUCCCGCACACUUUCUCGGCUGGUACCUGAAGACGCUGAUGAUCCGGGACUGGUGGAUGUGCAUCAUCGUGAGCGUCAUGUUUGAGUUCCUGGAGUAUAGCCUUGAGCACCAGCUGCCCAACUUCAGCGAGUGCUGGUGGGACCACUGGAUCAUGGAUGUGCUUGUCUGCAACGGGCUGGGCAUCUACUGCGGCAUGAAGACCCUCGAGUGGCUAUCCCUGAAGACCUACAAGUGGCAGGGCCUCUGGAACAUUCCAACCUACAAGGGCAAGAUGAAGAGGAUCGCCUUCCAGUUCACUCCCUACAGCUGGGUUCGCUUUGAGUGGAAGCCGGCCUCCAGCCUGCGUCGCUGGCUGGCCGUGUGUGGCAUCAUCCUGGUGUUCCUGCUGGCGGAACUGAACACGUUCUACCUGAAGUUCGUGCUGUGGAUGCCCCCGGAGCACUACCUGGUCCUCCUGCGGCUCGUGUUCUUCGUGAACGUGGGUGGCGUGGCCAUGCGUGAGAUCUACGACUUCAUGGAUGACCCGAAGCCCCACAAGAAGCUGGGCCAGCAGGCUUGGCUGGUGGCAGCCAUAACGGCCACGGAGCUGCUCAUCGUGGUCAAGUAUGACCCCCACACGCUCACCCUGUCCCUGCCCUUCUACAUCUCCCAGUGCUGGACCCUCGGCUCUGUCCUGGUGCUCACCUGGACCGUCUGGCGUUUCUUCCUGCGAGACAUCACCCUGAGGUACAAGGAGACCCGGCGGCAGAAGCAGCAGAACAGGGAUGACCCGGGCAGCGCCGUCGGCAAUGGGGACCAGCACCCUCCAGGGCUGGACGAAGACCUGCUGGGGCCCAGGGCGGCAGAGGGCGAGGGAGCACCAGCUCCAAACUGACCUGGGUCGUGGCUGCCUCACGAGCCUCCCAGAGCCCCAGCCUCUGUGGCCACCUCCCGUGUGAGUCCCACCGGGAGCCACGCACCUGGCCUCGCCCUCAAGGCUCUCUUCUCCCUUUCUCCGUGCGCUUGGCCAAGGCUCAGGGCGAGGGUGGAGGCGACCCCGGCACAGUCUCUUUCCGUGUGCACGCAUGUGUGCGUGUGUGCUCGUGUGGCCACCUGUGGCAUGCACGUGUGCUCUCGGCCCUGAGGCUUCUCCAGAGCCGGGAGUUGGCUGGCGUGGCAAGGGCGUGCUCUGGGACAGCGGAUCCCUCAGGAACCAGGUCCUCCCUCCCCCUUCUGCCCAGUCAGCCCCAUGGCCUCUGGCCCACCAAGUUCUGUCACCCAGCUGUGGUGUGGCCCAGGCAGGGACAUCUCGGUACCAUUUCUGCACUCUGUGGGCCCCAGGUGCACUGAGGCCUGGAGGAGCCUGUGCUGGCCCCACAUGCACCUCCCAGCACCUGUGGGGCGGCGUCCACAAACACUCCGUGGCUGAGAGCAGCAGAUCCAGCAGUGACGCUGAGCCAUCUCCUCCGAGUCUUCCUUUCACAGACUGCCCUGGAGGACGUGUGGAUGGGGCUAGAGGUCACUGGACUGGCCCUUGGGACAUCCAGGCAGAGCCGGGGCCCUGCUGCCUCCACGGCUCUGAGUCGAGGGUCAUCUUCACGAACAAACAGAACCAAUAAAGUGACGGAAGUCCGAGGCUUCAGCCCUCC